AUGGAUCCGCCAGCUUCCUCUCCGGUCUCGGCAGCAUGCGCUCAUCUUGACAACUCGUUUGGCCCUCACGCCGGCGAGUGUCGAGGUGGAUUCGACUUCACUCUAUUUUUCGAAGAGACGAUCCUCACAAUCCUGCCCGCGGGACUCAUCCUGCUCGUCUCACUUCCGAGAGUGUGGUUUAUGUGGAGGAAAGCCAAGAAACUCACCAGUGGCAGUCACUUGGUAACUGUCAAAGUUUCCACCUGGGUUGCGCUGGCUGUCCUUCAACUUGCAGCGCUGGUCCUCUGGUCAAGGCUCCCUUCCCCCGUCCGAACCCGGACCACCCUGGCCGCUGCUGCCCUCACCUUUGUUUCCUCUCUUGCCCUCUCGCUGCUGUCCUACGUUGAGCACACUCGCAACGUACGACCGUCCUCCAUCAUCGGUGCCUUUCUCUUUGCUACCCUCUUGUUUGACAUUGCACGGGCACGAACCUUGUGGUUACGCGACCCGUAUGUUGUUUCUCUGGACGAAGACGGUGACUCGUUUGACAUCAACAAGGAGAAUUCCCUGGCUUACCUCGCCGUCACUGCUGUCGUGGUGAAGGGGUUCUUGCUUGUCAUUGAAGCCUUGAGCAAACGAAGGGUGCUACGACCCGAGUUCAGGGGCUACGGCUACGGGCCCGAAGCGACAAGCGGCCUCUACAACCGGUCCUUUUUCUGGUGGCUCAAUCCAUUGUUUUGGAAGGGCUUCCAGAAAGGCCGGGUGUUGGAUGUCGACAAGCGAGGUGACCUCCCUGAGCUGGACAAGCAUCUUCAGGCCGGUUACAAUUAUCGGCGUUUGGGGAAUGCAUGGGCUGCCACUGUCUCUGGCGGUGCUAAGAAGACCAAGUCACCUUAUGCUUUGUUGCUGACAGCAUUUGGUGUCCUGAAAUGGGUUGUCCUGAGCACAGUUCCUCCACGGGCUGCCCUCACAGCCCUCAUGUUCUGCCAGCCAUUUCUCAUCAAUCGCACCAUCAGACUGUCACAGGAGCCCAUCACCGAUGAGAGCACUCAGAUUGGCUACGGCCUCAUUGGGGCCUACUUCUUCGUCUAUGUCGGCAUUGCGGUUACCAUGGGACAGUACCAGCACAAAACAUACCGUACCAUCGCGAUGGUUCGUGCAGGUCUCAUCUCCAUGAUAUAUCACAAGACCAGCACUCUCAGUCUGAAGGACAUUGAUCCUGCUGCCUCCAUGACGCUUAUGAGUGCCGACAUGGAGCGGAUUGUGCAAGGAUGGCAAACGAUGCAUGAGAUUUGGUCCAACUCGAUUGAAGUGGGCGUUGCCAUCUUUCUGUUGGAGCGGCAACUGGGCAUUGCAUGUGUAGUUCCCGUGGCUUUGUCAAUCUUGUCAUUGCUUGGCUCCAUGGUGGCUAUGAACUUCAUCGUCUCCCGGCAAGCCAUGUGGUUGGAGGCCAUUGAACGGCGUAUUUCUGCCACAUCAGCCAUGUUAUCAUCCAUGAAGGGCGUCAAGAUGUGUGGUCUCAAGGACACAUUGAUGGCCAGCAUGCAGAAGCUCCGGGUGGACGAGCUUUGCAUCUCCAAGCGGUUCCGUAAACUGAUCAUCUGGAACAUGGUAUUUGCCUAUGUGACCCAGGUCUUUGCACCCGUUCUGACGUUUGCCAUCUUUUCCGUCCGCGCACGGGAUACUGGUGAUAGGACGUUGGACACAGCGCGCGUCUUCACAGCGCUGUCACUGUUUGCCCUGCUCUCGGAGCCUUUGGCAUCCCUUGUCAUGUCCUUAGCGACGUUUCUGGGGUCCGUGGGUAGUUUCAGCCGCAUUCAAAACUUCCUCCAGUCUGAUGAGAGAGAAGAUCCCCGAAAACAAGACCCUCACAUGGUCUCGUCUGAGCACUCGCUCGAUUUGGCUUUGCCAAUCGUGGACAUGGAGAAGCCUUCGCCCCAUGCCAUUGUUAUCGAGAAAGGUGACUUUGGUUGGAAUGCUGAAAAGUCUCCUAUCCUCAGCGACAUUACCUUGACUGUGCCAUGGCGCCAGUUGACCAUGGUGGUUGGGCCGGUUGGGUGCGGCAAGUCCACUCUGCUCCAGUCCAUCUUGGGCGAGAUUCCUUCACUGUCGGGCUCUGUUCACCUUGGCUCGACCUGUGUUGCCUACUGCUCUCAAGACCCUUGGCACAUGAAUGGCACCAUUAGAGAAGCCAUUCUCGGCACCGCCAAGUAUGAUCCCAAAUGGUAUGGAAGAGUUCUCCGCGCCUGUGCUCUUGGUCGUGAUCUGAAAGAGCUUCCUCACGGUGACUCCUCUCGGAUAGGAUCCGGUGGAAUCGCUCUCUCAGGUGGCCAGAGCCAACGCAUCGCCUUGGCAAGAGCGGUCUAUGCCCGCCGUGAGAUUGUCAUCUUGGAUGAUGUCCUCAGUGGUCUCGACACCUCAACCGAGAACCAUGUUUUCCACAGUCUAUUUGGUGUGAAAGGCAUCUUCACAGAGACGAAAGCUACCGUCCUGCUUGUCUCCUCUUCGGUCAAAAGACUGCCUUACGCUGCGUAUGUCGUUUGUCUUGAUUCCAGCGGCACGAUCAGUGCUCAAGGAACGUUUGAUGAGCUCAACCACGCCGGCACUGGUUACGUGUCUACUUUCUCCCUAGCCUCUAGACCGGACUGGACUUUCAAGCCAGACGACGAUCACUUCAGUGAUGAUGAUGAUACCACUGAUGUUGAUCGUCCAAAGGAGCUGCAUGAGACCGACUGUGGGACUUCGGUCUCGGGCUCUUCCAGAGAGAGGAUUUCCCAUUCUCACAGUCCUGAAAGGGCUGCUUCUUCUUCGUCAGAGAUCCAGACAGUGAAUGAAGCUGACGCAAUCAACACACUGGACUCGGGGAGACAGACUGGUGAUGUGCAGAUUUAUACUUACUACAUCAAGUCUGUGGGGCUGUGGCCGACCUUGAUCUUUGUUUUGGGCAUUGUUGCGUUUGUUUUUUGUAUUUCGUUUCCGACUGUCUGGGUUCAAUGGUGGGCUGCAGAAAAUGAGAUUCGCCCCAACGAUAACCUGGGAUAUUGGAUUGGUCUUUAUGCCAUGUUUGGUGGUAUCGCCAUUGUUGGUCUCACCAUUGGCUGUUGGCAAAUGAUCAUCAAGAUGGUACCUCUGUCCGGAGAAAAGUUCCACCUGGCGCUCCUGAAGACCGUUCUGAGUGCACCCAUGUCCUUCUUUGUCAAGACAGACACAGGCGUCACCAUGAACCGCUUCAGCCAGGACUUGCAACUCAUUGACAUGGAGCUCCCCAUCGCUGCCCUCAACACAUUCACUACAUUGAUUCUUUGCAUCGCGCAGAUGGCGCUCAUAGGUGUUGGCUCCAUCUAUGCGGCCAUCUCCUUCCCCAUCGUUCUCAUCACACUCUAUCUCGUCCAGAAGUUUUACCUUCGCACAUCCCGCCAGAUCCGAUUGAUCGAUAUUGAAACCAAGGCGCCAUUGUAUUCCUUAUUUGAGGAGUCGCUCCGCGGAAUUGCCACCAUCCGCGCUUUCGGCUGGCAAGACGCCCUCGAGAUGAAGAAUCACACCCUCCUCAACCGCUCCAUGAAACCGUUCUACCUCAUGUAUGCCGUCCAACGCUGGCUUACGCUUGUCCUUGACCUUCUUGUUGCAGCCAUCGCUGUUCUUCUCAUUAUCCUCGUUGUCAAUCUCCGCGGUACUGUUGCCGCAGGUGGUGUUGGGCUCGCACUCCUGAAUGUCAUCCAGUUCAGCCAGAGCGUCAAACUUCUCGUCACAUUUUGGACAACCCUUGAGACGCAAAUUGGAUCGGUAGCUCGCAUCAAGAGCUUCACCAGCACCGCUGUCCCAUCUGAGGACCUUCCCGGCGAAGAUCAAACUCCACCAUCAAACUGGCCUCAGAAGGGUGCCAUUGAGAUCAAGAAUUUCACAGCCGCGUACAACGAGGGUGACUCAGACCCUGUACUCAAGAAUAUAUCUCUUUCUAUCGCUGCCGGAGAAAAGGUUGCUAUCUGCGGCCGAACAGGAAGCGGCAAGACCUGUCUUGUGUCUUCGCUCUUCCGCAUGACCGCUACUCACGCUGGCUCCAUCUGCAUUGACGGGGUGGACACGUCCACGAUUCCCCGUGAGGAUGUCCGCCGCCGGUUGGUCGGUGUCCCGCAGCAUCCUUUCCUCCUGAAAGGGUCUGUAAGACUCAACGCCGACCCUCUUGGUCAAGCCACGGAUGUACAAAUACAGACUGCACUCCAAGAGGUCAAAGUCUGGGAUAUUGUCAGCAGAUCUGGCGGACUGGAUGCCGACAUUGACAGCCUCAAUCUUUCGCAGGGGCAGAGGCAACUAUUCUGUCUUGCUCGUGCAAUAGUGCGGCCGGGGAAUAUCCUUGUCUUGGACGAGGCCACCAGUACCUUGGACGGGAAGACAGAGGAGAUGGUUCAAAGGUUGAUUAGGAGGAAGUUUUGCGACUACACCAUCCUUGCUGUGGCGCACAGGCUGGAUACCAUUAUGGAUUUUGACAAGGUGGUUGUGCUAGAUAAGGGUAAGGUGGUCGAGUUUGAUAGUCCUUGGAAACUGGUAGAGGAGGAAGGGGAAGGGGGCAUUUUUAAGAAGCUGUGGUUGAAGAGCGUGGAGGAGGAUAUUGAGGAUGUUCCGGAAUGA